CACCUGUUGGACUAUUGGCGGGACCUGUUAUUGUAUAUAAAAUAAUUAAAAGCUUCUCUACUUUUAAAAAAUUCAAAAAGAUAAUUAUGUUUUACUUUAGGCGUCUUUCUUGUUUCUUAUUCGAUUUUCACAUUAUUUUUAAGACUGUGAAUACUUAAGGCUUAAAUUUUUUACUGUAACUGCCUAUUCUUUUAAUGUAAAAUAAAUUUAAAUAAUGAAUAAUUGCAAUAAUUAUUUUACUUUUAUUUCAUUUAGCAGCUAUUUAACCACUUGCUAUUAUAUAGCCACUAUCAUACGAUGACAUUUUAGUUGUGGUUAUGUCGAAAGACCUAACCUUACAUUAUCAUCGGCAUGUUAUUAAUAUGAAAAGUAUAUUUUACAAUGAUAACUCCACGUUUUUCACUCAAGCAAGAUGAAAACACUGUAACAAUCAACAUUCGUGCUCCGUACUGUUCGUUAAAAGAACUGGACGUGAAUGUUGAAGGUGACAACUUUUUGUUUACAUGUUCGCCAUAUUACCUGCGACUUAAAUUGCCUGGUAUUUUGGAAGAAAAUGAUAAUUUUCACAGUGCUUUCGACACAGAUAAAGGAGAAUUCAGUUUUACUUAUGACAAGGCUAUUCCAGGUGAAUUUUUCCCAGAUUUGGACCUGAUUACAAAACUUUUGGAGAAAAAGGUUGUUGUAAACAGUGGAGAAAGAAAAAUUGAAAUUUUAAGUUCAUCUACAAGUGACGAUAACAGCGAAGAUCUUUAUAAAGAUGAUUUACAUACUGGCAGGUACGGGUUUGGUUUACGUGGGGGCUAUAAUUUUAAAUUUGUGAGUUCUGAAUUUAAAGAUGUAUUUGAAGUAGAUCCAUUUAAAACUGAUCUUCAGACAAGAAGAACUUUACGAAUUCAAGAAGAAAAACAAAAAUUUUCACCAGACCACUACAUAGCAGACUUUUGUGAAAAUGAAGAAAUUAAAGAAUUUAUCAAUUUAAAAUUGCCUUGCAUUUCAAAGACUGAUAUUCAAUUUAAUGAUAGAGAAUUAGAUUUUUUAAAAGAGUUACACAACAUACAGUAUAGUCUCACUGAUGAAGAAGAAUGUUUUUGCCGAAAUGGCUUAGUAGAUAUAUUAUAUGGAUACUGUUAUGAUAGAAGGACAACCUAUUUUGAAGGGACCUGUGAAUCAGGAUGGACAAUAUGUAAAUUAAGUGCAACACUUUGCUGGUUUGAAGGAUUUUUAACUUUGAAGGAAGCAGUGAUAUCAGCCUUUAGAAGAAGCUUAAUUUAUCCCUUGUAUCGUGAAUUUAAUUUGAGUGAAUCUAUUUUGAAAGACCUAAAAUGUUUAUUUCAAUUAGGACCAAAACAAAUAACGAAAUGUCUAAUAAAUAUGUAUGACAUAUUUUUAGGAGGUAGUUGUAUGAGAUAUGUUCUGAAUAAUCUCUACAUAAAGGAUUAUAUAAUUUACGUAAUGCAACGAGAUGAAAAAUUUUGGAACAAUCUAAACGAUGAAUUAGAAAAAAUCGUAAUAAGAAAAUGUGAUCUAGGAUUAGAUCUUGAGAGCAUUGAAAGGGCUUUGUUGUGUGAAGAUAAUUUAGAAGAAAAGAUAAAAAGACUCACGCUAAAUAGUGAAACCGACGAAACAGAUUCAGAUGAUGAAGUAAGCAGUGAAACAGACAUUUCUACUGAAUCAGAGCCAGAUUGCACAUCAAUUUCAGAACACAAAGAAAUAAGUUAAAUUUAUAUUUUGUAAGAUUUAUAAAAUAAAUUUUGUUUUUAAUUUCAAAAUAGUACUUGUUAUUAAAA